GUGUUGAUAUUCUCCCUCGUCAUAUAGAGCAGUGCGAUAGACAUGUAACCUUCUUAUCUACAACGGAUUCUGCAUAGGAUCACCACUUUCAGUACAAGGGAUUUCAGUGGUAUAUGGGAUGGACGUGUUCACUGCUGAAAGUUAACAAACAUGGAGGAAACAAGUGGAAAUGUAUCCGCUGUACAUUUCCGUCACUUUGGACCAGACAAUGCCCGUAUUGGUGACAGGAAGUGUUGUGCAGUCGUUGACAUAUGCACGAACAAUGACUUUGCUGACAGACAACACCAUAGUCAUGAAUGCAUGCAGUUGCUUCACCUGCACUGGGAGGACAUCGACAGUGGGAGUGAGACAUCCAGUAUAUCAGUGUCCGAAGCCGAGGCAGACAACAAAUCUUCAGUCAUAACUUUCGACCAUGUCAACAAGCUCCUCAAGGAUCAAGCUGCAUUACAUGACUUCACAAGGAAGAUGCUGACAGCACACCGGGUUAAGCUGAUCCACGUGGUAUAUGCUCCACUUGCUAUGAUGUUCGAGCACUGUGGCGGUUCAGACAUGAAAACGCUUUUGAAUGAGAGGUUCAAGGUUUUUGUAAUUGUGAAAGAAUUCCUUCUGAAGACGACAGGAUUACAGAACCUAAAGGGACUGCACAUCGGCAUACAUAAAUCGAAAACUGUGUCCAUGGAGACCGGUCUCUGGUGUUUGCACAGGGUUGAUGAGGAUGGUUUUGCGAAUAGAAGGCUUACAUCAAUGAGGAACAGGUCGUCUUCAGAAGACGGUGGUAUCUCGAUCGCGAUACCUUCCAGAGUAGAAAAGAGAUUUAUCAAUAUAGAAGAAGAACUGUUUAAACAGAGACAGUUCAUGGAGUCACAGUUUAACGACCAAGAGAAACAAUAUGAAACCAUACGUGUCUCACUUAUGAAAAUCUCCCAGGCCUUCCUGAACGACAGAAGACAAGGGCCUGAACGUUUAACCUCAGAACGCCAAGAGGAACAACAAGAACCAAAACCAGAUAGAAAUCUGAUUGACUUUGAUUUAGAGCCAUAUGAAGAUGUGUCAUCGCUUCAUUUGAAUAUAGCAGCAGCAUAUCGUCCAAAAAUAGAAAUACUUAGUGAUGAUGAUGAUGAUGAUGAUGAUGAUGAUGAUGGAGUGGAGGAGGAAGAGAGAGGUGACGAAAAGGAGAAAAGGGGACAGGGGGGAAAUUCGGUGGCUGAGAAGAAGGCUGAAACAAGCACAAAUUGUAUUGGGAGUGAAGACGUAACGGAAGAAAGACAAGGUGAAUCAGAUGGAGACCUCAGUGACGAUGUGUCAGUCGAUGAGAAGAUGGUAUUGCCAAACACAUCAGACGUAGCAGCAUUUGACCAAAGUAACGAAGGGACAAUCAAUAGCACACAUGAAACCCAACAAAAUGUAUUUCCUGACCAUGGAAGUGACAUGUAUCCCUCCAGAAACCAACAAUAUGAAAACUCACACAUGUACAAGAAAUCCUACCAAACCUCUGGAGACAGAAGCCAAGCGGUAUAUGGACCAGAUUCCAGUGCGCAAUGCGAAUCACGUUACAAUGGGAAGCAAAUCAGCCAACAACCGAAAAGGGAGGCAGCAGCUACUCCUCAUGAAGUAACGACAAUUUUCGAAGAACUGCUGUAUGGCUUCAGCGACAUGUCAUCACGGCAAAAUGCCUAUUCUGAUAUGCAGUCAGAUGCAAUCAAUGUCCCGGUCAGAUAUACAGAGACACCGAAUACGUGCGAAGAACCGAAAAAGGAGAAGAUCGAAGGAAAUCAAGCAAAGGAACAGGCUUUGCGUUUGAUGAUGGAAUGCGCUAUCAGCGACAGCCCAUACUGGAGCAGAAUAUGGGAAAGUGUUCAGGGAGCAUUGCUAGAAGAGGAAAGUCCUGCUCCAAGACAUGAUCUGGCUCUCGAUACUAUCAUAUGUUUGGACACUUCUGGAAGCAUGCGAGGUGAAGCGUUUCAAGAAAUGAAGAAAAUCACUCUUGAUUUUAUCAAUGGAAUCGAGGACAUUGCAGAACAACAUGAUGUUGAAGAGAAUAUUGCCCUCGUCACCUUCGGAGGUCGGGCAAAAGUGAUCCAUCACUUAUCCAAUGACUAUGGAAGCCUCAGAGAUGCUUUAGACAAAAUCACGCCUGGGGGUCCAUCGCCGAUCCUUGAAGGUGUUAUUGUGUCCAUGGCAGCUCUUGCGAAAGGUGGUAUCUACAGACUCAACAAUCGAAUGGAGCUGAGACCACGAAUGAUCUUCAUGUCUGACGGCCAGCCAACAACUGAGAUGCCGGAAUCUGCCAGAGACAGCCACUUGCUCAGUAGUCAGGACCAAAUAAGAAUUUUACGAGCUUUCCAAGAGAUCAGAAGCAGACAACCAAGUGAUGAUCUACCUGAUGAAAUCAUUUUUGUUCCAGUGGGACAAUUCUGUGAUAUGCGCGCCAUUGAAGCCCUGGCGUCAGUUUGUGGUGGCAAAGUGAAAGAUGCUACGUCCUUCGCAAAGUUGUCAAACUAUCUCUACUUGCGCAAAAUUGCCGCUCGAGCCAUCGAAUACGUAAGACAAAGAGGGAAUGAAACUGACAUAUUUUUGGCCGGAUUGCGUAGUUUGCUUACGGAUCUUGGACCCGAGAUCGACAAGGCCAGCACGACGGAGGUUUACAACGUGAUUGUGGCAUAUAUUACGUCAGUCUCCAAUGACAUAAUGGAGGAGAAGGAUUUACCUCCCCUCGGGACAAGGGUGGUGAGAGGUCCAGACUGGCAGUGGGGGAACCAGGAUACAGAAGGUCCUGGGACCAUCACUAACCACGCCAAAGACAGAAUAGUUUGGGUGAUCUGGGAUAAUGACCACUCAAACUCCUACAGAUAUGGCCAUGGUGGGAAGUAUGACGUCACUGUAGUAGAAGACCAACCUCGGGUUGUCAGUGUCAGUCAAGUGGGUGUGGGGGUUCAAGUUGAAAGAGGUCCUGCCUGGCAUCACCUGUACGGAAACCAGGACGGUGGAAUUGGCAGCUAUGGCACCAUUAUUCGCCUUAUGCCGGGAAAAGUUAAGGUUCGAUGGCAGAAUGGUGAAAUCCACGAAUACAGAUAUGGAAUGUGUGGUCUGGUCGAUGUAUCUUUUCGGGACCCAAUUGCGUGUAUCCUAGAAACAACUGCCAAGACAAUUCCUCACAUGGAUACCGUUCAAGACAGUGCAAAUGUCCAGUCAACUAAAGAUGGAGACAGACCCUAUGUGUGGCAGAGAAAGGACGAGCAGAAUGGCUGGGAACAAUAUUCUGAAACCAAUGAUGCCAAGAUGAAGAAAGCGUAUGGGAAAAAUCAACAGGGUUCAUGCCUGGUACAAAGAAAUGAACAGAAUUUCAGGGUGUCGUUCAGGUCCCUACAGGAACGGUCAUUGAUUGACAAAACAUGGGUGCCAGUACGAAAAUAUUGCCAAUAGCUUAAGUCGUGUCGUCACACACCGGAGGACUCCCCAGAUUCACAUAUGAACCUGUUCCAUGAUAGCAUGAUGACAUGCUCAAAAACGCUUAAGCAAUCCUUGAUAUUUUGUGUAGUUCUUUUUUAACAUAUUUACCAUGUCAGUAUCCCAAUCACUAUGCAUUCCGCGACGUUAAUAUACCCAAUCUUAAACGACUGUGGCGUCUGUCUGUUACAAAUCCUUUGCAUAAAAUUCCUUGUUGAUCAUUACGUAAACAUACAUUUAUCUUAGAAGAGAUGUCUUACUGUAUAUAUCUUCACCUCGUGUUCGUUCGAAACCAUCUGUUCUGAUACAGUGAGUAUCGUUUGACGCCGCUUUCAGUAAUUUUCCAGCAAUAUAACGGCGGUGGACACCAUAAAUUGGCUUCACACAUUGUACCCAUCUGUUGAUUCUAAUCCGGAUCUUCAGCGUGGCGAGCGACCGCUUUAACCCCACGGCCCCUCCAUCUGUUCUGUCUUUAGAAACAAUGUAAUCCGUGAAAGUCGAGAGAGUUUUUUCUGGUUUAAUAUUAACAGGUCAGUAUUCGUGGAUAGUGAAGUCACAAUGAAUUAAAAAAAUGAAUUUGUUCGGUUACUCUUUGCAACCUACUUGAUUGUGUGUCGUAUUGCUGUCCAGCUAUCGGCCACUGGAUUUUCUAGCGGUCGAUAGCUGACAGGCUUUGGUGAUUGAAUUCAAUCUUCUUCACCUCAUUUUCCAUCAAACAAAGCUUUCUGCUUAACACAUGAAUGAGAGAAGCGUGAUAUUUGUUAAUGUUAUCUGAAUCGUGUGUGUGUGUGUGUGUCAUGUUGACACAAGGUAUGUAACGAUUUUACAUUGCAUGGCGGAAAGCUUGACUCAACAUCAGGAAAACAAAACCAGUUUCAUAACAAAAAAAUAAAUGACUGCUCACACUGA